GUUGGUAUUGAUGCUACAGCUGAUGUGCACCAAUCGAGCGGAAUUGUAUCCAUCUCUCGGUACUCACUCUCACGACAGCCGGCGGAGGUGCCCAUGUCUAUACCGGCAAGAGGAGGUACCUAAUGCCACCGGGCACAUCUGAUGACAGUAUGACCAAUGUCUGAGCUCUCAAUGGCGCAAUUUGAGCCCCUCGUCGGCCUCGUCGAUAGGUAGCUUCCCCAAGUCAUCUGAUUAUCAACAUGGCGGAGCAGGAUGCGGGCGACGCUGCAGACGACUUGAGAGACUUUGAUCUGAACGAGCCCAUCGACACCAGUAAAGGCUUGCGAAGCGGCCUCACCAGUUAUGGCGAUACGCACUUCUCCCUCUUCUUACGGAAAGUAUUCAUCAAAGCCGCGGGAUAUGGCGAGGACGCGUUAGCAAGGCCACUCAUUGGCAUCAUCAACACCGGAUCGGGUUUCAAUCCAUGCCAUGCAAACGUCCCUCAGCUGAUCGAAGCUGUCAAGAGAGGCAUCCAACUCCAUGGCGGGCUUGCAAUUGAUUUCCCGACCAUCAGUCUCCAUGAAAUGUUUGCAGCUCCGACAAGCAUGUUUUUACGGAAUUUGAUGGCCAUGGACACCGAGGAAAUGAUCAAGGCCCAGCCCCUGGAUGCAUGCGUCAUGAUAGGAGGCUGUGACAAGACGAUUCCCGCACAGUUGAUGGGAAGCAUCUCUGCCAAUAAGCCUGUCAUUUCUCUCGCCACAGGACCGAUGAUGCCGGGCUCCUUUCGAGGUCAACGAGUGGGCGCAUGUACAGACUGUCGAUCUUCGUGGGCCGCAUAUCGGCGAGGAGAUAUGGAUAUCGAGGACAUCAAAGAUAUCAAUGAGGAGCUGGCACCGACCGCCGGCACUUGCGGCGUUAUGGGCACUGCGAGCACCAUGGCCUGUGUUGCUGCGGCUCUAGGUUUGAUGCCUCUGGGUGGAGCAUCAGCACCAGCCGUCUCUGCAGCUCGAAUGCGGAUAGCAGAAGAGACUGGGGCAAUGGCAGUAUCAGUGGCUGCGAAUCUAUCCUCGCGAAGACCACAAGCCAUUCUUUCGAAGGAGUCCUUCCUCAAUGCCAUCACGGUUCUGCAAGCCAUAGGAGGCUCCACCAACGCAGUAGUCCAUCUCAUGGCAAUCAUCAACCGUCAUCCCGACGUCGCCGGCCAACUCACCCUCAAGAGCUUUGACGAAGUCGGUCGCAAAACCCCCUUACUGGUGGACCUCAAACCGAGUGGCGACAACUACAUGAACGACUUCCACAACGCAGGCGGAAUGUUCGCACUCUUGCACACGCUACGUCCCCUUCUCCACCUCGAAGCCAAAACCAUCACAGGCAAGACGUUAGGCGAGACUCUCGACGCGACGCCCUUCAAGACAUUUCCCUACUCGAGGGAAUUGAUCCGCUCGCUGGAGGCUCCUCUAUAUCCUCACUCGGCUCUCGUGGUCCUCUAUGGCAAUCUUGCUCCCAAUGGCGCAGUCAUGAAAGCAUCUGCCUCGAAAGAUCGAAGACUCGUCGAAUUCUCUGGUCCUGCAGUCGUUUUUGAGAAUACGGUUGAUUUGGCGAACCGAAUCGAUAGUGAAGAGCUGCAGGUGACUAAGGAUUCUGUUUUGGUGUUGAAAGGAAUCGGUCCCAUCGGUCAUCCCGGUAUGCCCGAAGCAGGAGUCAUCCCCAUCCCUCGCAAACUCAAAGGUAUUUCCGACAUGUUGCGAUUAUCAGAUGGGCGAAUGAGUGGCACAGCCGGUGGAACAAUUGUUCUCCACAUCUCGCCCGAAUCCGCCCUUAUAGAUUCUCCAUUGGGGAUCGUGCAAGAGGGCGAUAUCAUUCGAUUAAGUCUGGAGAAGAGAUUAUUAGAGAUGGAUGUGAGCGAUCAAGUCAUUGCGGAGAGAAUCGAGGAGAGACGAAAGACGUCGUUGGAGGCUACUGGUGGUGGUGGUGGGAAGGUUUUGCAGGGUAAGAAAAUGGUGAAGCCGCAGAGAGGGUAUAGAGGGUUAUAUGAAAAAUCUGUGAAUCAGGCUGAGGAGGGGGCUGAUUUUGAUUUUUUGACUGCGAGAGGUGUUGCGUGA